AUGGAGGAUUUGGCAAGAACAAGAUCCAGUUUUACUAGAAAUCAUCAAGUGACAAUUAAUGUUGUCGGUGUUCAUGUUUAUAACAACAUCAUGGGAGUAAAACUAGAAACGAAUCCUCUUCAUGGUCUUGUCACCUUCAUGUUUUUUGUACUCCUUGCUUUCCUCCAAAUUAGUUAUCCAAAUAAUCCCACUGCAUUUCAACUUCAUCCAAAGACAAUGUUAGUCUCUAUUGCUAGCUUUCUACUCUAUUGUAUGGGCUAUUGGAUUAACCUUCAGUUUGCCACAAGGUUAGAUACCUUCAUGGAAGUGUUUGCUUCACUUUCAAUUGUUUCUUUGCUGUUGAUGUUCUUUCCGGACAACUGGGAAUUUUCCGGAUUCAUUAUCAUGUAUACAUUAUGGUUCAUUUCUCAUGUAUUUGUCAUGAUUAUUAGACUCCGACUACAAAUGAGAAGGGGAUUGCGACAACUCUUACCGACAACUUCAAUAGGUUUGAAUUAA